UGAAGUGCAAAAUGUAUGUGUUGUUAGUGUUUUCAGUUAUGUUGGUUUCGUGUCUUGGGGGUUAUGUUGACUCGAUAAAAAAGUGCAGCAUGGCCGACGACAAGUGUCUCAACGCCUUAUUCCAAGAUCUCCUUAACAAAGUCAGUAAAGAUGGGUUACCUGAGAUAGGUAUACCUCCGGUUGACCCUGUAAAGGUACAGAAUGUGUCAGCGAUUGUGCUUGAUGAAGUCUUGAUGUUUAUGCCCGAAGCCAGCGUGAAGGGAAUCAAGAGUUGCAAGUUCGAGUUUAACCACAUCGACAUGGCAAAGCGUGUAGCGAGACAGAAGAUCAACUGUGACAUUACCGUUAAGGGUGCCUUCACACUAUCCGGGAAGAGUUCUCUGCUGCAAGGAUUGCUUGGAAUAAAGGAUGUAACGGGCAGUGGAGUAACCAAAGUAAAGUUGGAUGAUAUUCGUCUCAAUUUCAACCUCCCAUUCAAUCUAAAGAGGACAAGCGACAGUACAAUACACGCUCAUCUAAUACGAGAGAAGGCUACAUACGAGUAUGAUGUGAAGAACGUCAUAUUCGCCGCCGACAAGAUGCUGAUUGGUGGGACUGAUUUGACGAAACUUGUUGUGGGCUACUUGAAUGAGAAUUGGAAGAAAAUGCUGGAAAAAUCUGGAAAAUCGUUAACGGACAAAGCCAUUGAAUAUUAUUUGGAGUUUGCCGAAAAGUUCUUUAUUGGGGUCCCAACGAAUAAAUUCCUCCUUGAAGAUGCUUCGAAGUACCUCUCCUAGUAUAAUUUGAUAGGUUAAUAAAUAUAUAUUUAGUGU